AUUUCGAGUUCCUGAAAAUGGAACAGGGUGUGAAGAUUUGAUAUUAUUCCUAUCUUUUAUACCAAAUCUACCGUUUCUUUUUUUCUUGUUGUAAGGGUUUGCCAGUGGUAGAGGUAUUUGAAUGGGUACAGAGUGUGACAGGAUGCCGCGCCAUGUGACCAGAACCUAUGCCAAGGUGAAGGAAUCGACCAGCAGUAGAGCAUUUGAUGAGAUCUUCAGCGACAAAAUCAACAAGCCUACAGCCGCAAGGGCAACUAUUCACAAAUGGGGCAAAACGUCCUUCACCUCUGUGCGAGGAUCAAGAGAGACAGCGUUUGAUCUGAAGAGGCGCAGAGUGGAACAGAAGCGUGCAAACCAAGAUCCGUUCACGUUCGAGUUAGACGAUGGCCCCUCCUCUCCCAGGAAGCGGAGGACUCAAGGUUCAGGUGUGAAUACUGUCCUUACUCCUGCUGUAGCUCGCCAAGUACUCAAGGAGUACAAGGCAGUCAGUAGCAAUGAAUCUCCAAUCAAAACAGAAACUUUAGAUGAUGAUGAUGAUGAUGAUGAUGAGAUAAGUCUGAUAAAAAAGCCUGUGAAAACGUACACAAGACAGCCGCUUAGCAAACCACUUCCUGUUGCCAAAACUGUAGAUAAACCAUGUGAGAACAGCGAGCCUGAUGGCUCUGAAGGUGGUGCGGUUAAGAGUGAGGGGAAAGUGGACUCCCAGCGAUCCUCCCAGUCUUCAGCAAUCACCAUACAUUCCAGUUCCUCGUCUCAGAAUGUAACUGAGAAAAAUACUGACAAUACAUCAGAUAUCUCUGAUGAUGAUUUUGUUACUUUCAAACCACAGGCAUUAAAAACAUACUCAUCAGCAAAGCAAGCUGUUGAACCACCCAACGUUAAAAAUCCUACUGUUAAAGAUGAAGAGAAAACAGAGUUUGAUAAAGAGUCUUCUGUACCUUCUUGGGAACAGCGCAAUAAAUACCAAGCUAAAAUGGUGUACAGAAGCCCCAGUAAAACCCCACAGAACCCCAGCCGCCAGGAAACACUGACCAUUAUCCGCGUGUCCCCCCCUUCCUGGUUCAAGAAAAGCACACCUGAUCUGCAAAAACCUGAACAAUCCGACUCAGAUACAGACGGGAAUAGCAAAACUUCAGUAUCAAAAUUAACGUAUGAAUCUCAGACAUUUAAGAAAGUUCAGCCUCCAAAGGAUUCCGACUCUUUUGACUUUGUAUCAGAUAGUGGAAAUCAGCUGUCGGCUCUCCCCGGCAGGAGUGCAAGGCGCCCAAAGAGAAAGUUUUUCAAAUCUCGAAAGGGUGAGAUCUCAUCAGAGGAUAAUGAAAGUGAAAGUGUUAACUCGGGCGAGAACAAAAAUAUGGACUACGUGCCAAGCCAGGCUGAGGCCAGGCUGGUGGCUGAAAUCUUUGGGGACGACCAGUCAGAGGGGCCAAAUAGCAACAAGUCUGGAGAGACCGGUGAGUCAGAGGUGAAUGACUCUGAGCCAGAGAUGCCUAAACUCUCCCCUGCCCCUCAGCUGUCAGAGGCUGAGCCUGUCCAGGAGAUGGAUCAGGGGACUCCAGAAACCACAAUGACCACCAAUGGGAACGAUGAUAAUCCAGAGCCACCAGUUCUCAAAACAUACACACGCAAAAGGGAAAAACCAGCUAGAUAUGAAUCUAAGGAACCAAAGAAAAUUUUCAAGAGUAAAAACCAAGCCAAGACUGAUAAAAGAAGGGAGAUGGAGGAGAAUCUGCAGAAAAAAAUAUUUACAAGUCCAAAGAAGUCACCUAGCAAGGCGUUGUACAAUCCUCGCACGUGGAAAGUGGAGGACGAGGAGGAGCCUCAGAAAGCCCAGUCAAAGCCUAUUGUGGUCAAGAAGAAGCCAGUUGUUAAGUCAGCGUUUGAUGAUGAUUUUGAUGACGACGGAGUGGUUGAAGAAAAGCCUAAGCUGUUGAGGACAAUGGUGUGGCCAAAGCAGGCUGGGGAGGAAGGCUUCACAUCAUUGCAUGUCAACAGAGAACACAAAGAGUUGUUUACCGUUGUGAAAAAUGUAAAGCAGGCUCAUGAGUGUCAGGAGAUCGGAGAAACGCAGGAAUUCAUGGAUGACAUUGAGUACUUACUUGUCGGCCUGCUUGAUACGGAACCUACGUCUGUGCGAUGUCUUAGUUGUUUAAGUUUGGCCACAAAGUGCACAAUGGCAUCUUUCAGGAUGCAUUUACGAGCUCAUGGUGUAGUGGCUAAGGUUUUCAGUGCCUUACAUGAUGCUUACACUCAUGCGAGUUUGUCGCUGUGUACUGCUGCCAUGAUGUUUAUGUUAAGUCGAGACCGGUUGAACAUGGACCUGGAUCGACCAAGUCUGGACCUGUUGUUAAAACUGCUGGGGGUGGAGCAACAGGAAGACGAGGGAACCACGCCUUCAAAACUCUCCUCUGGGGCCGCUAAGGAUCUCAAACGCACUAAGGACCGCAUCCAGGAGCUGAUACACAACAUGCAGAAGGAAGGUGGAAUCAAGAGAUUUGACCUAGAAACUGUAUCUACGGGUAAUUUAGCCAUGGAGUCCUUACUUAGUCUGACGUCCAGGCGAGCAGGAGAAGUGUUCAAGGAGGAGUUAAGAAUACUAGGUGCUUUAGACCACAUUGUAGACACAGUCUGUCACUGUACUAAGAUGAUGGAGACCAGUAUUGAGGAAGAGUUGACGGAUGUGAGCGUGGAGUAUUUCCGCAAGGUGGAGCGUUGCCUGACAGUUUUGGAGCAGGUUACUUACUGUAACAGAGACAAUCAAGAUCACUUAAUCUCCUACAAAAACUCGGCUCUUAUAUCUGCUAUUUGUCGGGCUCUAUCAGUGUGUGAACAGAGUGUCAGUCAGUACCCGGUUAAUGUGGAUACAGAAACCCUCAAAAUUGACAAGACUUCUAUAGGCUGGGCCAUCCACAGCUGUAUGAUGUCCGUUCUCAAAGUGCUACUCAACCUCACUCAUGAAAAUGAAUUUGGCUGUACAAUGAUUGGUGAACAAGAGAAUUUCCUGAAUGUGACCUUGUUGUGUACAUUAAAGUCCCCACAGUUUGUGCCUCCUGACACUCGAUUUGACCUCUUAGUUUUGUCCCUAGGUACCAUGAUCAACUUGGUGGAACACUGUGAUAUCAACCGGCGAAGAUUCAUCAAUGCAAGCACCAUUACAUCGUUUGAGCAACCGUGUCCUACCAAACAAGUCAGCUCCUUGGAAGGUAUCAUAGGGUUGUUCCGUCUGAGAGAGGAAGCAGCACGUCGUGCAGAAGUGGAGGCGAUGUCGCCAGAUGGAAAGGGGAAAUCUGUUGAGGAGGGAGAGGAUGCUAACCAGAGUGGGUCAUGGCAGGAGUCCCAGUCUGGGCUAGAGUGGGUGGUGAACCCUAAUCGGAGCAAGCCCGACCCUCAGAAGGAGGUGGAAGAGUUACGGCAUCAGAAAGAUCAGCAGAAGGAGCAGGAUGAUGAAGAGUAUUUUACUAAAGCAUUGCACAAGGCAGGGAGGCACAUGGAGGACAGUAUUGUGGCAGCUUACAUUGCACUCCUCCUUGGUUGUGUCAUACAGGACAACCAGGAAUUUGUACAAAUGGUUAAGGAAUACUUUGAAGAUGGAGAGUUCAUGCCCAUGAUUAAAAUUCUCAAAAAGUUUUUGGGUUUCAUGAAUUUAACGACCGCCAUCACAACAUCGGGAGGAAAGUCUAUAGCACGGGUGAUCGAGAUCCUAGAGUCCUGUUGACCAUGUGACCAGAGGUAACCACUGUUCUGACCAGGUGCUAACUCUGUGAGUUAGUUGUGUGCAAUAAGUGAGCAGAUCCUGAAGUGACUGAGCUUUUAGCAGUUAAGUCUGCCUCUACCUGGCUGGUCACAUCGAACGGGUGAGGUCAUUUUCACUGGCUACGCACCUGGUGUAACACAUAGCCUUGUGUCUGGAAAGGCACUGUACCAUGCUGGUUUAUGUGGCUGUUAGUGAAGUCUGACCUCAUGGCAGCUCACUUUCUGUGAACGUUUGAGGGGACAUGGACGGUUUUAUGCUGGAGUAUAGGAAGAACGCCAUUUUCCUACCGCAGACUGUCUGGUGCAGCUAGCUAUAUGGUGAGCACAAGUGUAUGUUAUGACAGAAUGAAUCGCCCAGACUGAAGAGUACUGGGUAUCAAGCCUUGGUUAGCCUUAGCCUUUUGUCACCUGUCAAGAUUUGACAGGGAAAACUCCUCCUGGCAGCCUGACAUGGGUCAUCUUAUUCUGUUGCGCCUAAUUGGCAAACUUUCUGAGUUACGUUG